GAACUUCUUGGCUCUCAGGGUAGCAACGGCCUUGAGCGGGUAGGCGGAGUCUUGCCAAAGUUGAAAACAGCCUGUCCUCUCCCUCUUGUGCAGUCCAAGGGAGCCAUAGCAGGUUGUGAUCCCUGCUCUGGAGGCGGUAUCUGCAUCACCAUGGCAACUGGACAGAAGUUGAUGAGAGCUAUUAGAGUUUUUGAAUUUGGUGGACCAGAAGUGCUGAAAGUCCAGUCGGAUGUCGCGGUGCCGAUUCCAAAAGACCAUCAGGUUCUAAUCAAAGUCCAUGCAUGUGGUAUCAACCCAGUGGAGACAUACAUCCGCUCUGGUACUUACACUAGGAUACCACUGCUGCCCUACACCCCAGGCACUGAUGUGGCGGGGGUCGUAGAAUCCAUUGGCAAUGACGUGUCUGCUUUCAAGAAAGGUGACAGAGUCUUCACUACCAGCACCAUUUCGGGGGGCUACGCAGAAUAUGCCCUCGCUUCAGACCACACGGUGUACAGGCUGCCCGAGAAGCUGGACUUCAGACAGGGAGCUGCCAUCGGCAUCCCCUACUUCACUGCCUGCCGUGCUCUGUUCCACAGUGCCCGUGCAAAAGCUGGAGAAAGUGUUCUGGUUCAUGGAGCUAGCGGAGGAGUUGGAUUGGCAGCAUGCCAGAUUGCUAGAGCCUAUGGCUUAAAGGUUUUGGGGACAGCUGGUACUGAGGAGGGACAAAAGGUCGUUUUGCAAAAUGGAGCCCAUGAAGUAUUUAAUCACCGAGACGCUCAUUAUAUUGAUGAAAUCAAGAAAUCCAUUGGUGAAAAAGGAGUUGAUGUGAUUAUUGAAAUGUUAGCUAACGUAAAUCUUAGCAAUGAUUUGAAACUUCUGUCCUGUGGAGGACGAGUGAUCAUUGUGGGCUGCCGAGGUUCCAUUGAAAUAAACCCACGGGACACCAUGGCAAAGGAGUCUACCAUAAGUGGAGUUUCUCUGUUUUCAUCAACGAAGGAAGAAUUUCAGCAGUUUGCAUCCACUAUUCAAGCAGGAAUGGAACUUGGUUGGGUGAAGCCCGUGAUUGGGUCUCAGUACCCACUGGAGAAGGCUUCCCAAGCUCAUGAAAAUAUCAUUCAUAGCAGUGGCACUGUUGGAAAAACGGUUCUUCUGAUGUGAUGCUGCUUUUGUGGGCUUCCAGCGAUAUUAAGUGAUUUUCUUUCCUCCAUCUUCUUUACAUUGUCACUAACAAUUAUUUGAUUCAGUGAAUUUGCCUUAACAAAACAAGAUUUUUCUUUAAAGCAAAGAUGGUGGAGUAAAGUUUAUGAUGGUAAUCAUUUUUAGUGCCUUCUAUCUUAAGUCAAGGAAUCAUUGCAAUAGGAAAGAACAUGGUAGUGGGCACUUGGCAUUGGUGUACAUUUCAGAAAUUCUUAACUGAUACUUGCUUAAUUCUGUGCCAUUGACUGAAACAUGCUAAUUCAAAGUAAGACUGAUUGCCAAAACUGCUAAUCUUUAUUAAAUGCUCAUUAAUCAGUUCAGAUUAGCCCAUAGCUAAUUGGACCCCACAGACGUUCUGGACCAAAAAAAAUCCCUUUUCAAACUAAUCUCAUUUACAGUUACUUACAAAGAAUGAAUAAAUAACAUCCCAAGAAAUUUGUUGAGUUUCCUAAUAUUUCUCUAAACAGUGGAAAAUUCACUGCGUUACUGGGUGAUUGUCAGUGACCUACCAUAAGUUCUCUGAAGGCAGCAGUCUGUUGAGUCUAUGAAGCUGGAAAGAGAGUCACCAAGCAAACAUUUCAUGAUUGAUUAGAUUUUCAGAGUAGAUUUAGUUAUCUUUUUUGGUGUGAUGUGAGUUAAAAAUUUUUUAUUUAACAAUUUCACAAAUUGGACAUAUUAAGACGAUCUGCUUUUGUUUCAUAACACAAUAAUCUGUAAUAAAUUCUACAGAGCAA